AUGGGUCCGGAACAAGUACCGGAGAUUCCCCUAUUGACCAUUCGCUUUGUUGAUGCGAACGUGGCUAGACUCCUCUAUGGUAAUUUCGAAUUGGCACCCUUCAAAUAUAACUCAUUUCCGCUGGAUUCGAUCACGGCCUCUGGGUGGCUUCAUGAUCAACUGGCGCUGGAAGCCGACGGUCUGGCAGGCCAUUUGUUCGAUUUCUACCGAUACGUGGCGCAGUCGACUUGGCUUGGAGGCACGUAUGAGUAUAGCGAAUUGCAUGAAUCUGCACCUUACUGGUUUAACUAUAUUGUCCCCCUGGCAUUCACUCUCGAUGAUGCACGUCUGAAAGACCAAGCCCAGAAGUUCUUGGAUUAUACCCUGGACCACCAAGCUGAGGAUGGCUGGUUGGGUCCGGAGACGACAAGACAAACACGUGGACUCUGGGCACGGUCUUUGCUAUUUUUUGGUCUCAUGCAAUACGUUGAGGCGCAGCCAUCGCAAGCGGAUCGCAUUCUUACGGCAAUGCAUAAGUUUGUCGAGCUGGCAAACACUAUGCUCAAGAACAAUUACACCGGGUUAAUUGAGAACAAGACGAUAGGCGAUGACUUCGAUCCGUACGGUUUUGGCCUCUCUCGAACCCACGAACUGCCCUUGAGUCUGCAGUGGUUGUACGAAAAUUAUCCGCGAAACAAUUCGGAGGUCAUUUGGGAAACGAUGGAGCUGAUGUUUCAGGGUGGGAAAGCCGGUGGACGAGACUGGACCACGUUCUUUGUCCAAGGAGCAUUCCCGACCAGAGGAACGCCAUAUAUCAAGACAAGUGGUUUUACCCAUGGGGUCAGUCUUGCUGAAGGACUCAGAUACCCCACAGUUCUCUAUCGCAUGACGCAAAACCAGUCAUUACUCACUCAGACUUUAGAUGCCGUCAAUUGGACCAACCUUUACCAUUCAUCUAGAGCAGGUAGCAUCAUUGCCGACGAACAUCUUGGCGACUGGAGCCCUCAGCGCGGUUCGGAAACGUGUAUGGCCGUUGAAAUGAUGUUCUCAAUGAGCUAUCUUUAUCGCUUCUACGGUAUCAGUGACUUUGCAGACAAGGCUGAACGCGCUGCGUUCAAUGCUCUCCCUGCCGCCCUGAGCCCUGACUGGUGGUCACAUCAAUAUGUGCAACAAACCAACCAGCCAUGGUCAAGAAACUUGACAGCGCAGCCGUACUUCAAUGUUGUCUCGUAUGGGAAUACCUUCGGUUUGGAACCCAAUUUCCCCUGCUGCACCGUUAAUCACGGACAGGGAUAUCCCAAAUUUGUCGCCUCAUCGUAUGUGCGACAAAACGACUCUUCGGUUAUCCAUACCCUCUUAGGACCAACGAAUGUAAUGACCAAGAUCAACGAUGCAGAAGUGAUGAUUGAAUGUCGAACGAACUAUCCAUUUUCCGGGACCUUGUCAUACACCGUCACAUCGGAGGCGGCAUUUGACUUCUUCGUUCGGAUUCCAGCAUGGGCCAUGACGAACAGCACUUCAACGUAUCAAGUUCGAGGAGCCCGGCGACGACGUGUCACCCCUAAUUCCGACAGCCUUCAGCAAUUCAAGAUCGAGAAGGGUCGAACUUCCAUUGAAGUAGACUUGUCCAUGUCCAUUGUUGCAGAACCUCGCAAUGGAUCAGUGGCCAUCUACUACGGGCCAUUGCUUUACGCCCUCGAUAUUGACUACGACAGCGCAACGUACCACACCCCGUUAAAUUGGACUGAUCGCACUCCGCUCCCGGGUAAUCAGAUCAUCCCGCAAACGAAAGAUUGGUCUCUAGAUCCGACUUCAGAAUGGCGGUAUGCCAUCGAUCCCUCUUCUGCCACAGCAGAGAAGCUUCUCAGCGAAUCUGAAGAUCUAAUAACCCCCAUUUGGACUUCUCCUGCUACGCCUGUAGUGCUGUGGGUCGACGCGUGGUUAAUUCAUUGGCCCGAAACGCUCGGAACAGCCGCGCUUCCUCCUCUCAAUCCUAUCGUGAGUGGAGAGCCGACGAAAGUCCGACUGAUACCGUAUGGUGCUGCGAAACUCCGUAUUGCAGAUUUCCCAGUUGCUUCUCUUUCGGCUACAUCGAAUUCAACAGCAACAAUUUCCAAGUAG